AUGUCCAACAAAGACAUAACAAUCGAAACCAACGAAAAUGUCUCCUACACCCCCCAACAACAACGCCGCAUCAUCCGCCGCAUCGACAGCCGGUUGAUCGUGAUGCUCGGCUUCCUACACACGGUGGCUCUAAUUGACCGCGGCAAUCUAGGUACUGCUUCUGUGGCUGGGAUGAUGGACGAGUUGCAUCUUGUCGGAACGCAAUACAGCACGAUAGCAGUCGCCUUUUUCCCACCAUACAUCUGUCUGCAAGUGUUAGGCCCAAUCUUAGUAAGAAAGAUCGGGCCCAUUCCGUAUCUUUCUGGGAUUUGUUUUAUUUGGGGAUGUGUCAUGCUAUCCGCCGGCUUCGUUCAGAAAUGGUCCGAAAUGGUCGGAAUACGCAUCAUAAUCGGCGCGCUGGAGGCAGGCUUCUUCCCGGCGAGUGUAUAUCUGAUCGCGACAUGGUAUACGCGGUAUGAGAUCCAGAAACGGUUUGCGGUGUUUUAUCUGCUGGGCUGUGUGGCGUCGGCGUUUACGGGGAUUAUGUCGUAUGGGAUUACGUUUAUGGUAUGGCUUACUUGUGUGAUUGCGAGUAUCAGUUACUUUGUGUUGAUCGACUUUCCGGAUAAAAUGAAAUCAAAAUCCAGCAACUUCCUCUCAUCAGCAGAAUACGCCUUUAUCACCACCCGAAUAGCCCACGACCGCGCAGACCUAACACUCGAACCGUUCAAUCUAAAAAAAUACCUCCUCGCAUCUGUCGACCUCAACAUCUGGUUCUUCGGACUAAUAUACUUUUGCACCACGACGACUGCCUACGCGAUAGCAUACUUCAUGCCUCUCAUUUAUAGAGAAGGAAUGGGUUUCUCGCAGGGCGUGUCGCUGUGUUUGUUUGCGCCGCCGUAUGCGGCUGCGGGGGUGGUUAUGUAUGGCACUUCGUGGGUUGGGGAUAAGUAUAGAGUGAGAGGGUGGGUGAUUGUGUUUAAUGCGUGUUUGACGCUGGUUGGGUUGCCGUUGAUGGGCUUUACAAAGGGCAAUGCGCCCCGGCUUGUGGGAUGUUUCUUUACGACGAUGGGUGCGAAUUCGAAUGUUCCUGCUGCCAUGGCAUAUCAGGCAAACAACGUCCGCGGCCAAUGGCGACGCGCAAUCUGCAGCUCCAUUUUCGUUGGCCUCGGUGCAUCUGGCGGGAUGACGGGAUCGCUGGUGUUUCGAUCACAAGACGCACCGGAGUAUACGCCUGGUAUAUGCACUUGUAUUGGGUUAACGGGGUUGAUUGUAGUUCUUGUAGGGAUCCUCUCUGUGAGGAUGUAUGUGAGAAAUAAAAAGGUUGAUAAAGGGGAGUUGAUGGUGCAGGGGUUGGAGGGGUUCAAGUAUACACUUUAGUAUAUGUGGAUAUCAGGAUGUGAAUGUAUAAAGUUGGAUAAAAG